AUGGGUAAUUCCCCCCCAUCAACUCCAGCACCCCCAUCAAUUCCAGCAGGUCCACCCCUGAGGAUUGUCCUGAUUGGGAAAACUGGAGUGGGGAAGAGUGCUGCAGGGAACACCAUUCUGGGGAGAGAAGCAUUUGAGUCAGAGACAAGUGCAAAUUCUGUUACACAUGAUUGUAAACCAGCAUCAAUUGAAGGGGAGCGGGAAAUACUGGUUGUUGAUACUCCUGGUAUAUUAGACACGGAUGAGGAUCAGACAGAGACAAUUAAAGAAGAGAUCCUGAGAUGCAUCAAGGUCUCUGCACCAGGCCCCCAUGCCUUCCUGCUGGUCAUAUCUGUCAGCCGCUUUACCAAAGAGGAGCGCAAUGCAGUUAAGGCCCUUCAGGAGCUUUUUGGAGAGAAGGCAAAAGAUCACAUGAUCGUCCUCUUCACACAUGGGGAUGAUCUGAAUGGUAAACCAAUCAAUGAGUUUGUGCGAAAGGGUAAUCCAAAGCUACAAGAAGUUAUUAGAAGCUGUGGAGCGAGGUACCAUGUGUUUGACAACAAGAGUAAGGACAGGACCCAGGUAGUAGAGUUAGUCAAGAGAAUAGAUGAGAUAGUAGCAGCUAAUGGUGGAGAACCCUUUUCAGAAGAGAUGUAUAGAGAGACAACCAGAAUAAUGAGGGAAAGGCAGCUUGCCUGGGAUUCACCCCAGAUUGAUCAACAUUUGUCCUUCCUUGCUCCCCUCCUGCAGAGGGUUAUCUUAUUUCAGCACAUUCUCAAUGAGGAAGGUUGA